AUGGUGCAGGGCAUCCACGACGACUCAGGCUUCAAGAGCACCAUUCCAAAAGCCUCUUUUCUUUCCUGCUCGUGCAACUCCCACAUGCGUUGCACGGAGGUGUCGGUUGGUGACCAGGGAUCAAACAGCGCGGCGACGGUGCGGCGCCGCGCAGCGCUGUGCGACGAGCUGGGCAUCGGCAUGUGCAACGGCAAGCAGCUCCUUCGCCAGCUGAACAGCUACGGCUUCUCCAUGGAUGAUGUGGUGUCCGUGCUCAAUCAGCUGGAGCUGGGGGGGGUGCGGUGA